AUUCUCUAGGCUGAUGUUUUUACUGACUUUUAACUGUGGAUAUAUCUUUACAGCCUUCUGGUUUGUGCAUAUUUUGCCUUCCAUCAUAUGACUUACACCCACCUUUUCUUUCACAUUGUCCUGAAAUACCAACCCACUGGGACUGCCUAUGUCCAUUGCCAUCCUGGCCCACAAGCAAGAACUCCAGCAUCACCUUCAAGUGACCUAAACCUGUCAGAGUGGCAUCAGCCUGGCACCCUGAUGAGAAACCUGGUGUUGGCAGAAUGGAUCUGAGGAGAAAGAGCUCUAGGACAUACUGUGUCCUAGAUGUCAUCACACUACAAGUGCUUCAGGAUUGCUGACAGAAGGGACCUUGCCAAUCCAGCUUCCUCUGAGUUUGUGAAGUGGGCAGGGCUCCUAUUGGCAUCGUUUACUGGUUUGUACAUGGGAUACUUAUUUGCUGAUCUUGUACCCGAACAGACUAUAGCAACAUCUGUUGUUAAUCUUCAAGAGAUUGGAAAGAAACCAGUACUGAGGGUCCCAGUGCCAAAAAGGCAGAAGUGUGAUCACUGGUCUCCCUGUUCACCUGGGAACUACGCAUAUCGGAUUCUUACUGGUGGCGGCAGAGAAAAGCUGGCUAAAAUUUGUUUUGAGGAUGAGCUGCUCAUAAGCAAAGAAAAGGGUAAUGCUGGAAGAGGUAUAAACAUUGCUGUUGUGAAUUAUAAAACAGGAAAAGUUACAUCAGCAAACUUUUUUGACAUGUGGGAAGGAGACCACUCAGGAGAGAUGAUGGCUUUCAUUAAAAAUGCACCAGAAGGGUCCCUUCUUCUGAUGGCAACUCAUGAUGAUGGAAACACCCGGCUAAAGAAUGAUGCAAAAAAAUUAGUGGAAGAGCUGGGAAGUAAAGAAAUAUGGAAUAUGAAGUUCAGGUCAAGCUGGGCUUUUAUAGCUGCCAAAGGCUUCAAGCUGCCAGAUGAUAUCCAGAAGGAAAAGAUAAACCACUCUGACAGGAACAGGAACAGAUACAGUGGCUGGCCAGCUGAAAUCCAAAUAGAAGGCUGUAUCCCAAGAAGCCUCAUCUGAACAAAUGCAUACCUCAUCAGUAAAGAUGAAUGUGUGUUUUUAUUUCUUUAGCAAAUGUUCUUCAGAACCCAAUUAGCAUCUGGACACUAAUUGUAAAAUAAAUAAUUUCCACAGUUUUUAACCUUU